GAAUCGCCUCCUUACGCCCCUUUCAAAAUUAAUCAUUGUUGUGGUGGCGUCUUCAAAAAUUUCUCAUAAUAGAUUUGGAAUAUGCUGCCGUGAUUAUACGAAGCAGUUGCUUUUAUUAACAUUACAACUUCCAUGUUAUAAAUGAGUAUCAUUACCAAUGAAUAUUGAAUCAAAAUUCCUAUUUUGUUUAAUUUUUAAAAAUUGUAUUCGUGUCUGACGUGAUUUUGAAGAAGUAAACGACAAUACAUAUGUGCUAAUAAUAGCACAAUAAUAUAGCUCAAAUAAUGGAACAGGAAAUAUUGGAUGAAGAAUUUCGCUGCUAUAUGCGAGUAGCGCGUUCACUGGAAGGAACAUUGAAGCGGCCCAAAGAUCGCGAGUGUUGUAAGCAACUGUUAAAAAAUUGUGAACGGCUUAAUAGCGUAGACAAUGUUAUGGUUAAAAAUAAUACAAACGUUUUUAUGAAAUACUUGUUGAAAGUGAUUAAUUGGACAAGUGUGAAUCAGCCACUACAGCUAUAUGAUAAAUGGUAUCAAGGAUCGAAAACUGAAGUGAAAUUGUGGCUUCAGGACAACAAAUCAUAUAUGGCUGUUAAAGAAAUGCCAAACGGUGCGCUCGCUAUAUACUGUGCCGUUGCGAAUUCACCAAGUGCCGGUUGGCAAGACGGUGCAUUGAAAAUUAUGAAAGAUUCUAAAGAUCCAGAUGCAGAAGAAAUGUGAAGUUCUAUUUGCACUAAAUGUUGUCUGUUUUAUUAUGUAUACAUUGUAGUGUAUGUGUAAAAAAUUUUGUACGUGAAAUAUAUAUUUUUACAUUUUGAA